UACCCAGACAACCGAAUUUAAUAUACACUGAAAUAAAGAACAGCUGAUGCAUCAGAGUCACCGGCGAAAUGUCAAAAUCAUCAAGACAAAUUACGCUACGAGUUCAGUCACCCGAAGGAACAAAAAGAAUUGAUGUUGAUCCUACAGACACUGUCUGCAGUCUUUUUGAAAAGAUUUAUGAAGUAUUUCAAUUGAAAAGCUUUGGGUUCAGUUUAUUCAAACAAAGAAACCACAAAGAUGAACUUAUAUCCAGCAAAAGUAAAUCAGUUUCUGCGUGCGGACUUGGACAUGGUGACAUGCUUUAUCUUGCUCCAGUUAACGGUACUCUUCUGUGGAACUCUCCCUCAACUAGUGCCGCAGAUCCAAUUCCCAUGGAUGUGACACCAAGUACCAGCAAAGGGUUGCCAUCAACAUCAACGGCAGUAGCAUCAGUACCUGUGACUGUAAGACCGAUAACCAAUUUGGAGAUCGAUGACGUGGACGAGCAGCUGUGGAAAAUGGAUGGAAAAAUCCAACGCAAACGCGAUGAAAAACUGUGCAGGCACGGAGCCAAUGGCUGCUGUGUCCACUGCUCACCGUUAGAACCAUUUGAUGAAUCGUAUUUGAGAGAACAAAAUGUAAAACAUUUGUCAUUUCAUUCUUAUCUCAGGAAACUCACUGCCGGAGUUGAUAGAGGAAAAUUCCUACAACUAGAAGACAUCAGCUGUCGCAUAAAAAGAGGGUGCAAAGAUCAUCCACCUUGGCCACGUGGUAUUUGCAGUAAAUGUCAACCAAACGCAAUAACGCUCAAUCGUCAACCUUACCGUCACAUUGACAACGUUGUCUUUGAGAACGCGAGUUUAGUCGAGCGUUUUCUUAAUUACUGGCGAAGCACAGGGCAUCAGCGCUUGGGUUACCUGUACGGUAGAUACGAAAUUCACUCAGACGUUCCUCUGGGAAUACGAGCUGUUGUCGCUGCGAUAUAUGAACCUCCUCAGGAGAGUACAAGAGACUCAAUAUCACUCUUACCAGAUGAAAGAGAACCAUUAGUCCAAGAAUUAGCUCAACAACUUGAUCUGAGAAGAGUCGGUUGGAUAUUUACUGAUUUGAUUGCUGAUGAUGUUAAGAAAGGGACCGUAAAACAUGUCCGGAACAUCGAGAGUCACUUCCUUUCUGCUCAAGAGUGCAUCAUGGCCGGUCACUAUCAGAACCAACAUCCAAACCCAUGUCGUUUUUCACCCAGUGGAAGUUUUGGUUCUAAAUUCGUCACUGUCUGUGUAACAGGGGACGACAAGAAUCAAGUCCACAUGGAAGGGUAUCAAGUAUCAAACCAAUGUAUGGCGCUAGUACGUGAUGACUGUCUAGUGCCCACCAAAGAUGCUCCAGAACUUGGGUACGUUCGUGAAUCCACAGACAAGCAGUACGUUCCAGAUGUUUACUACAAGGAGAAAGAUUCCUAUGGAAAUGAAGUAUCUAGACUGGCCAGACCACUACCUGUCGAGUACUUGUUGGUUGAUGUCCCAGCUUCUACACCACUGACACCUCAGUUUACAUUUUUCGCCAGCGAUAAUGUCACUCCUUUCCCUGUGGAAAACAGAUUGGUCGAUGGACAGAUCCAGGAAUUCAAUUCCCUGUGCACGUACAUGCAGCAAUUUGGACCAGAUCAGUUUUUGGAAGCCAUAUCAGACUUUCAUCUGCUACUUUUCAUCACAACAAUGGACAUGCUGCCAAUGAAAGAUCACAUGUCGCCGCUGUUGGAGGCCAUCAGACAGAAUGACAGACAGAAAGCCCUCGAGUGGGCUCGGAGCGAGCAUUGGGCGACUGUAGAACAGUUGAUAUCUGCGACGACAGCUUCUGCCCCUUUGGCUUCUCAGUCCGUUUCCUUUGGCAACGACGGCAGCUCGUCUGCUGGUCCUGGAGUUGGAAUUGGCGUCGGCACCGGUUCCAGUGUCAAUGCCGCGGCCACCCAACCGCUGUGGACGUGUCCUCAUUGCACGUUUUUGAAUCCUGCUGAAUUAGGAUCUUGCGAAAUGUGCAGCCUCCCCAGGAUGCUCCUAUGAGAAGAGUCCACCUUUAAUAAAUUAUGGAAAUAUCCAAGUUUAGUUUAUGAGAGCAAGUGAGAGAUACAUCAUGCUGUCCGCUGAUUACAACUGAUUUAAAUAUUAUCGCGUAACAAAAUAAACUUUUUGAUAAAAUAAAAAAUAAAUAACCACCAAGGCACCACAUAAUCUUACAAUUUUUAUUUAUAAAACUUUUAAGAAGUGACAAACUGUGAUACAGGAGUGAAAAAAAAAUAACAAAUACUUUGCUUGUAUUAAAAAAGAAUAAUUAAUGGUCGAUCUUUAAUUAAUCAAUCAGUUAUAGGAAAAUAUUAACUGGAGUAUAAAUUGUUUGGUUGUAAUCGCAUGUCGGUGAAAAAUUUAGGGUGACUUUCUCAUCAACAGUUGGUUUACUUGGUGAUAAUUAAUAUAAUAUAAUAUAAUAUAAUAAUAAUUAUUAUUAAUUACUGAUUAUUGAAUAUUGAAUGAAUAAAGCGG